AUGCCGUUUCUUUCCAGCCUCCUAAUCUCUGCAAGAGAUGUGAAUGAGACACUUUGCCUCCAAGCCCUUGCGCUGAAAUUUCCCAAGCUCCACAGACUAGUUGUAAGGCGGCGCUGGGCUGAUGAGACACUGGAAUAUCCAAUAUUUCGCGACCAUGGGAAACAUCUAAAAUAUUUAGCGCUUAGCUGGUGUCAGCUUGGUGAAGAUCCGUUUGGGGUCCUUGCUCCACACGUGCCAAACCUCACUUAUUUGAGCUUUAACAGGGUGAAUAGUGCAAGCACUUUGGUUCUUUCUGCAGGGUGCUUUCCUAACCUGAAAACACUAGUCCUGAAGAAAAUGCCUAACGUCGAGCAGCUGGAGAUUGGACAUGGUGCUCUUCCAUGCAUCCAAGGCCUGUACAUCAUGUCCCUAGCGCAGCUGGAUAAGGUCCCUCAAGGCAUCGAAUCGCUUCUCUCCCUCAAGAAGCUUUGGCUUCUGUACCUGCACGCGGAGUUUAGGACUCAGUGGCUGACGAAUGGGAUGCACCAGAAGAUGCAGCAUGUUCCAGAGAUUCGCGUCUAG